GACGAGACAGGACGCGAACAUGGAACUGUACCUGAUAUUCUUAGCGUGUUUUAUUUUUGUCAACGCCAAUGAAAGAAAUGCGAACAGAACGGAUUUAAAAUGCGUCGGUCAUGCCCACUAUAACGUCUCUUUGACUGCGUAUUUUCCUGAUUACGAGAGUGACAACGAAUACGAUUAUCUGGAUGUGAGAGGAAAAAAACUGAGAAAUCUGCAGGAUUUUCUGGACGGACGGUGUGAAUAUGUGACCGCAGCCAUGGACAUGAUCCCCGAAAUUCCUUACGGCACUCGUGUGUGCAUUCCCGAGUUAAAUGAACAUUUCGGACGACAAAUUCCUAUUGAGAUACGAGACUACGGAAUAGAUUUAAAGGACCAGCGCUUCUCCCAAAUAGACAUCUGCGUGAGGAGCGAAAGCGAUAGUUACGAUAUUGCUGUGAACAAACUAGUUACAAUUUAUUUAUAAAUUCCUAGCUAUAAGUGUCAUAAUUAACUGCUCCUGUAUCAUGUAAUCAUCGAGUGAAUAAACGAUCUUUCCACCGCCA